AUGAGCGACACACCCCGGCUUCGCUCCGCGUUUCCCCAAACGCCCCGAACAACUCAGAGAGCAAGAGACUACAACCAGUCACCUUCAAGAUCUAUCCCACGAACUUUUCCCCCUCCGAAAACUCUUUCAGAGGCACCAUCGGCCGGCCAGGAUGGGCGCUCGUCGCUCAUUCCAUCCCGCAUAGUUGACCCCCCGACACAACGACUAUAUGUGGCGGCCAUCUAUAUCGCUCUAAAUGCGUGGCGGGGCUAUGAGGCUUGGUCGGCUUCUGAUGAUUUGGAUUCCACUUGGCUGUUUUUGAAAUGGGCUUCCAUAGAUGGCGUGUUUCUCUUCGGUCUACAGGCUUUGCGCAUCCCCUGGUUGGAAUGGGCUUUUCCGACGACGCUUGCGCUCUUCUUGGUUCACGUUGCGUUCAACAUCUUUCUAAUGUUUCGCAUCCCGAUUCCUAUUGGGGUAUGGUUAUCUGGAAUGGUGAAGCUCGCUUAUGAUCGAGAACUUUCGAUUUCAGGACAGAGCAUUAAACCUGGCGAUAUCAUUAACAAUGCUUCCCUUAUUCUCGGAAAGCAAAUCGUCAACAUCCUCCCCGAAGGGUCUGCUGUCCUGAACCCGGAGCUAGUGCCCCUUUGUCUAGAUUCUCAAAAGACUACUGUCGAUCUGCCCAUCCGAGUCAAUCAAACCGAUCCUAUUUUGAUUGAGCUACUACGUCUCGACUUCAACAACGGUGACAGUGAAGUCAUUUCAAUCCCAGUCAAACAACUGAAGCAACUGAAGCGAAGAGCAGACAAAAACCAUUCUCAGUCAGGCUCUCUUCACCGUGAUCUCCUUUUACCAAUCCGUAAAACCGGAGUAUACCGUCUGCAGCGAGUCGUGGAUGAGUCUAAGCUUGAUGUUCGUGUGCGAGCCUCGGAUUCCAUCGUCACCUCUUGUCCUCGUGCGUUAAUAAAGAAUUCGUACACCCAUAAGUGCCGCGGCGAGUUAUCAAACUUAGUGCUGGCCGUUGAGGGUACCCCGCCACUAAAAAUAAAAUACAGCAGACAGGUGAAUGACCAUGACCGCGGUUUCUCGUUUCAGAACAUUCAACCAGAUCAUUUACGCACUCCUCUCCUGGGUCACAGGUCCCUUGGUCGGCUAUUUGAUUCUCGCGAGGCGGAGAUAGCGUGGGCCCAAAGCCAACUUAUCGAAAUCCCGCUAAAUGAAUCUUUGAAUAUUGGGGGUGACUGGCUCUACAUGAUCGAGGAGGUACACGAUGGGUCUGGAAAUGUUGCGAAUUACUCAAUGGUCUUAGAAGACGCUGAUCGGCAGUCGGCAAAGUCCUUGGCUCAGUGGCAUCAAUUCUCUGUUCAUGAAAUCCCUAGACUAUCUCUUUCUGGAUGCAACGACCAGCACUUCCUUGAGGUAGCACGUGGCGAAAACCUCCCACUACCGGUCAAAUUUCAUAAUUCAGAGCACGGGUAUAAGAGCGAUGGACCAUUUUCUCUAACCUUCUCCUUUGCCAUCGACGGUCAGGAGAGUAUGGAGGAUCCAGCUCGUACAGUUCGCCAGCUCUCACUCAAAACGGUCGAUCAGAAACCUCUCAUCAAGGAACCAGGAUGGUAUAGUUUGAAGCACGUUUCUAGCCAGUACUGUUCGGGGGAAAUCUUCGAACCUUCGUCUUGCUAUUUGCGUAACCCGCCGGAACCUGAAAUGUCGGUCCGCUCCGAGAAGAUAUACGAUAAAUGCGCGAAUAGCCCAGUUGGAUUGCUUGUCGAUUUAGAUCUUACAGGCUCACCGCCGUUCCAUCUCAGAUAUGCUAUUGAGACAUCCAAAGGCAUUGAGACCAAACAUCAGGUGAUCGAUGGGUUACGCUCACAAUUGGACUUCACGCCCUUGGAAGCAGGUCAUUAUCGGUAUCGCUUUUUGGACAUCGCUGACAGCGUAUACGCCCCCAGACCAUUGGAUAAUACGGUAUCUGUUCUGGAGCAAGACGUUAAACCCCCCGCUUCUGCACAUUUCGUUGGUACCAAGGAGGUUCGCAAGGCUUGCUUUGGAGAACCGAUAUCUAUGGAUGUUGCUUUCCUUGGAGAAGCACCUUGGACCCUGCAAUACGAACUCGUCCAUAAUGGCAAAAAGACAAAACAUGUUCUCGAAUCUGAGACUGCAAGGUCCACCAUUGUGACGGACAAGCUUGUUAGCGGUGGUGGGUAUAAUCUCGUGCUAACGAGUGUAAAAGAUCGCUCCAAAUGCAAGCGGAAUAUCAAUGAAAUCCUCAAAAUUGAUGCCCGGUCUAAGCCACCCCACGUUUCCUUCGGUCACAUUGAGAAAAGCAGGAAAUACUCCGCGCUACAAGAUUCCAACGUCGACAUACCGAUCAGACUUAGUGGCGAACGUCCUUGGACUCUGCAGUACAUAAAUUUGGAUACAAACGCUUCAAUAGCCACGAAGACUUUCUGGCAGGAAAAUAGUUUCUUGGCCGUUGGUCAAGAAGGGCGGUACGAGCUCGUGGGAGUGACAGAUGCCUCAUGCCCAGGGUCCGUUGAUGAGUUAGCGAAGGUAUUUGAAAUCUCUUGGAUUCCCAGGCCCCAGGUCACCGCUAUAGAUGAUACGCCAGUGGGGCCAGAUGGUCUAGUUGCGAAGAGUGAUAUUUGUCAAGGACAAGGUGAUAGUCUCGAACUUUGGCUCGCAGGCACUCCCCCUUUCGCAAUCCAGUGCGAGCAGCAAAGGAAAUCGUCUCGUGGUUCCACUACCGUUCGAGUACGAAACCUCAAAACGGCUCUGCAUGCUCUUUCAAUGGAGCUAGAAACAUCCGAGCCAGGUGAUUACAUAUACCGAUUCAAAGAAGUGGGUGAUAACCUUUACAAUACCCAACCCGGAAGCAAUCAAGUCGCGGUCACACAGCGAGUUAACCCUCUUCCGUCUGCACGUUUUGACGCCCCGGGCCGCAUUUACGGCUUCUGCAAGGAAGACAACAGCGGUGAGGAGCUAAUCCCUCUCACUAUGGAAGGCGUGCCACCAUUCUCCCUCGAAAUCUCCAUCAAACACUAUGCCAAAGCGAAGCCAGAAAUAGUUUCCAUUCCAAACAUUAAAUCUAAUCGGCACAGUCUUCCAAUUCCAAGACGCCAUCUUGAUCUAGGGCAGCAUGUCGUUAGCAUCCAUAAAGUUCGGGACGCACGAGGCUGCGAAAAGUCCUACCACACAGAUCUGUCUUCGGUGAGGGUGGCUGUUUCGGACGUACCUACGAUAAUCCCGCUUGAAUCAAAAUCGGAUUACUGUGUGGGCGAACGCCUCUCGUUCUCACUCUCAGGACAUGCUCCGUUUGAGGUUUUCUACACUUUCAAUGGCGUUGCCAGAAAGGCGUCUUCUCAAUCCAACCAUUUCCGCCGUAUUGCAGAGAAACCUGGCAUCUUUAUGAUCACCGCUGUUAGUGAUGGCGCAAGUGGGAAAUGCAAAGCCCACAAAGAUAUAGUGAAGACCAUCCACCAGAUGCCUAGCGUUAGAAUCAGCAACGGUCAAGUCUCCAUCGUAGACAUCCAUGAAGGUGGUGAAGCAGAGCUCGAGUUCGAGUUUCGGGGAACGCCACCCUUCGAAUUUACGUAUAUUCGAAGCACAAAUACCCGGAAAGGGAAGAAGGCUGAAAUACUUGACAUCAAGCAUGACAUCUCUUACGAACAUAAGAAAAUCAUCAAGACUUCUGACGAAGGUACUUACGAGGUUGUAGCGAUCAAGGACAAAUUCUGUUCAUUUUCUGCUCAGCCGUCAAUGGAAAGGAAUGAGAAGUUACUAACGGGCUGA